AUGUUAACAACUUCAAAAAAUAAUCCUGAAAAAGACCCCGUGAUAUUUUGGUAUAAUGGUGGUCCUGGUUGUUCUUCUCUAUUAGGAUUAUUUACAGAAUUAGGUCCUUAUCUUCUAAACAAAGAUGGGUCUAAAUUAAUUGAGAAUCCUCAUUCCUGGAAUAAUAAUGCUUCUGUGGUUUUUAUUGAAUCACCUGCUGGGGUUGGAUUUUCUUAUGUAACAGAUGGAAAUUAUGCAACAAACGAUAAUAUUGUAUGA